AGAUUCCAAAACUAGGGCGACGACUUUGCUCCACCGAUGCCCCUGGCUGACGUGGCAAUCUCGGUAUCGGAGCCUCAACCAAUCUACGGCCCAGAUUUCAUCUCCCCUUCUUCCCUACCUCCAUUUAUCCCCACCUCUCACCGUCCAUUCAUUAAUCCUCCAGCCCCUUCAACCCAACACCCCCUUCUCUCUCUAAGGCGCGCGCGCACACACACACACAGAGAUUUGUAUAUAUAUAUAUAUAUAUAUAUAGAGAGAGAGAGAGAGAGAGAGAGAGAGAGAGAGGAGGUUUCUCUGUCUAGGAUAUGAUGCUGGGGAAGAGACAGAGGGGUCCAAUGAGCAGGUCGGCAAGCAUGGCGGGAAUUGACGUGGAGGGGGUGGAGCCGUCGGAUCAUCCUGAUAGGGGUCACGUGGCCUGCGGCGAGGAGAGGCAAGGGAGGAGGAGGAGCAUGGGGGUGGGUGGGCAGACUGAGGCCGAUCGCAGCCCCGCGGAGGCCGUGUGGCCGCAGAACCAUGGGAGGAUCUCCGGCGGCGGCAGUGUUGUUAUGGAGAUGGCUCACUUCUUGAGGACUUGUGGACUUUGUCAACAACGCUUGGCCCCUGGCCGCGAUAUCUACAUGUAUAGGGGGGAUACAGCAUUUUGCAGCCUAGAGUGCAGGGAGAAGCAAAUGAAGCAAGACGAGAGAAAGGAGAAGUGCCAUUCGGAAGCUUCAAAGAAAGAAGAAAACCGGCAACAGCAAUCAGCAGCAGCUUCGGCCACACCCGAGGCUUAAAGCAAGCAGAACAACAGACUCCACUGUUUAAUUGUCUGCUUUUGAACUGUCCACAUAUAUAUAUGGUAGUUUUCACCUUCAUUUGCAAGAAAUGGCGGUGAUAUAUAUAUAUAUAUCUAUCUGUGGUGGGUGUGAAUAUGAAGGUACGUAUAUAGCUAGGGUUCAAUGGGUGUGAGAGGGCAAAAAUCAUGAGCCUUGGAUUGCCAUGUCCUGUCCUUCGUCUUCCCCAACUUUGUUAAGUGUUUGGUGAAUUCAAGAGGCCGAUAUGCCGACAAUGCAAAUAUGCCAGUCCUUUUCUUUCU